AUGAAGCUUUUGCUCGCUACCGUGACGACUGCUGUACUAGCCCAAUCGACCUCAGCAGCCUCGUGUGCCGUCGCCACGCUCUCCAAGCUGCUAUUGGAUCAAUACAUCGAUCAAUGCUCCGACGACUCCGGGUACGUCUUCACGACCGGCGUCAAACCCACCGCGGACGAGGUUGCCGGUAUGUGCGCUUCGGACGCGUGCCGCAGUCUCCUAAUUGACGUGGAAGGCAUGAACCUAACCGAGUGCACGCUCCCCAUUGGCGACAAGAUCUACCUGUUCGCUGACUUAAUCGACUACGUCGCGGGCCAGUGUGACGCUGACACCCCUGUUCCAACGACUGUCACGCCCGAACCGACAACGGUAGCUCCGACACCCGUGCCGACGACGGCCGCUCCGGCACCAACUACAGCUACACCAGCACCUACUACGGCCAUCGCAUCGUGCACUUCAGCUCAGCUGAGAUACCUGCUCACAAGCAGUUAUAUGACGCAGUGUGUCGCCGAUACCGGCUACUCGUUCACAGCACCGACGUCUCCGACGGAUGCGAACGUUGCCGCCAUGUGCGCGUCCGACUCGUGCGUCAACCUGUUCGCCUAUGUAGCGUCAAUGGUGACAACGGACUGCCGUAUUCCAGUAGGCGGGAAGAUCCUGCUUUUAGCGGAUUUGGUCGACUAUGUGUCCGAUCAAUGCGACGCAACCACACCUACUCCAACCACUCCGACACCGACCACCGAAACGCCGACAACGCCGUCACCGACCACCGCCACACCCGUGACGACUUGCCAGACCUCGGUCCUCUCGGCUCUGCUCACGAAUCAGUACAUUGGCCAGUGCGGCGACGACUCGGGCUACUCGUUCACAUCCGGAGCCCAACCGGAUGCCGAGGAGGUCGCCGGUAUGUGUGCAUCGAGCGCUUGCGCCAAUUUGUUGGCCGACGUGGAGGCACUGGGUCUAUCGGAGUGCAUUCUGCCGAUCGGCGACAAGAUCUACUUGUUCCGGGAUCUGGUGGACUACGUCGCGGACCAAUGCAGUGCGUCCACUGCGACUCCUUCGACGACCGUGCCGGUGACGGAGGCUCCGAUCACUCCGACACCGACCACCGAAACACCAUCAACUGGUGCACCAAGCACUGAAUUGCCCGGAACAGAAAUUCCUGUCACUCAAGCUCCCAGCCCCGAUACACCAACUACGUCAACCCCUGGAACGGAGUCUCCAGCUACAACAACGCCAAACACUGACAUACCGACGACUGAAAGUCCUGCCACCGAUACGCCUACGACGGAAACUCCUGAGCCGACGUCUCCUAUUCAUGACGCUUGCUAA